AAAAAAAAAGGAAACGUAAUCGGGCCGGGUAUCAGAAGAUCCUCUCUCUCUCUGCGGCUUCGUCUCCUGCUUCCACGCCACAAAUCCCUGUGUAUAACCCUGAAUAACCAAAACUUACGAUCUUAUGAAGCUGCUGCUAUCCCAUUGCAAGUACUGGAUUGUAAAUGACUAUAACUAAGGGUCUGGUUUACGUCUUGAGAAUAGAUACUUAACAAGCAUUUCAGAAGCAUGAUUAGGAAGAAAAGGAACUGAAAUGUGAUUUAUCAUAUGGUGGACUGCCGAGACACCAUGCACGGUGGUGAUGAAGUGAGUGGGGACAUGGUCACUGUUGUCAAUGAGGCAUUUGAUAGAGAUGGGAGGGGUUGUACUUCUCCUAAAAGAGACAUUGUAGCUAUUGAAGGGGAUACUGAUUUUGAGCCACAUGACGGUAUUGAAUUUGAAUCACAUGAGGCUGCAUAUUCAUUUUAUCAAGAGUAUGCUAAGUCUAUGGGGUUCACUACCUCAAUAAAAAACAGCCGUCGUUCAAAGAAAUCGAAAGAAUUUAUUGAUGCUAAGUUUGCAUGCUCCAGAUAUGGAGUCACACCAGAAUCAGAUAGUGGCAGCAGUCGACGUCCAAGUGUUAAGAAAACUGACUGCAAAGCCAGCAUGCAUGUGAAGAGAAAGCAAGACGGAAAGUGGUACAUUCACGAAUUUCUGAAGGAGCAUAACCAUGAGCUUUUACCAGCACUAGCAUAUCAUUUUCGGAUUCAUAGGAAUGUAAAAUUAGCAGAAAAGAAUAAUAUUGACAUUCUGCAUGCUGUAAGUGAACGAACAAGAAAGAUGUAUGUUGAGAUGUCCAGACAAUCUGGUGGCAAUCGAAGUGUUAGCUUUCUUAGGAAUGACUUGAAUUAUCAGUUUGAUAGAGGGAGGUACUUGACUCUAGAGGAGGGAGAUGCUCAAGUUAUGCUCGAGUAUUUCAUGCAUGUCCAGAAAGAGAAUCCAUAUUUCUUCUAUGCGCUUGAUUUGAAUGAAGACCAGCGUCUAAGAAAUUUGUUCUGGGUUGAUGCCAAAAGUAGGAAUGAUUACACGAGCUUUAGCGAUGUCAUUUCUUUUGAUACCAGUUAUAUUAAAAGCAAUGACAAAAUGCCAUUUGCUCUUUUUGUGGGGGUGAACCAUCAUUUUCAGCCCAUGUUGCUUGGAUGUGCAUUGGUUGCUGAUGAGACUAAAGCAACACAAGUUUGGUUAAUGAAGACAUGGCUUAGAGCAAUGGGUAGGCAAGCGCCUAAAGUGAUAAUCACUGAUCAAGACAAAGCCUUGAAAGCCGCUGUUGAAGAAGUAUUCCCAAAUGCACGUCAUUGCUUUUCUCUUUGGCAUAUAUUGGAGAGGAUCCCUGAAACUCUUGCUCAUGUAAUCAAACAACAUGAUAAUUUCAUAGGUAAAUUCAACAAGUGCAUUUUUAAGUCAUUGACGGAUGAACAAUUCGACAUGAGAUGGUGGAAGAUGGUCAGUAGAUUUGAACUUCAAGAGAAUGAAUGGAUUCAUUCACUGUAUGAAGAUCGUAAAAGGUGGGUGCCUACUUAUAUGAGGGAUACUUUUGUGUCUGGGAUGUCAACAACUCAGCGUUCUGAAAGUAUAAACUCUUUCUUUGACAAAUACAUCCAUAAGAAAAUUACUUUGAAAGAGUUUCUUAGACAAUAUGGAACAAUUCUCCAAAGUAGGUAUGAGGAGGAAGCCAUUGCAGACUUUGAUACGUGGCACAAACAGCCUGCAUUAAAAUCUCCCUCACCUUGGGAAAAACAAAUGUCAACUGUUUAUACACAUGCAAUCUUCAAGAAAUUCCAAGUUGAGGUUUUGGGCGUAGUGGGGUGCCAUCCUAAAAAGGAAAGUGAAGAUGGACCAAAUAUAACAUUUAGAGUUGAUGACUGUGAGAAAGGUGAAAACUUUGUCGUCACAUGGAACGAGGCAAAGUCAGAUGUUUUUUGUUCAUGUCUUCUAUUUGAAUACAAAGGUUUUCUUUGUAGACAUGCGAUGAUUGUUCUCCAAAUGUGUGGUCUUUCAAGCAUCCCAUCUCAGUAUAUUUUGAAGAGGUGGACAAAAGAUGCAAAGAGCAAGCAAUCGACAGUAGAAGGAACAGCGCGAAUACAAACUAGGGUUCAAAGAUACAAUGAUUUAUGCACACGUGCCAUUAAAUUGGGUGAGGAAGGAUCUUUAUCAGAGGAGAGUCACAAUAUUGCAUUUCGUGCAAUAGUUGAAGCUCUGAAGAAUUGUGUGAAUAUCAACAAUAGAAGUGCUUCAGAAUCUAACAACAAUGCUCUUUGUCUUCGUGACUUGGAAGAAGAGAAUCAGGCAGUUCUUGCUAUUAAAACAAGUAAGAAGAAGAGCGCAAGCAAGAAAAGAAAGGUACAAUCCGAUCCAGAAGCUUUGAUCGUUGAGACUCAGGACAGCUUGCAGCAAAUGGGGAAUCUCAGCUCAGAUGGAAUGACACUCAAUGGCUAUUAUGGGACUCAGCAGAAUGUGCAGGGCUUGUUGAACUUGAUGGAGCCACCCCAUGAUGGUUAUUAUGUCAGUCAACAAAGUAUGCAGGGGCUGGGACAAUUAAACUCAAUAGCAACUAGUCAUGAUGGUUUUUUUGGGGCUCAACAUAUGCAUGGACUGGGGCAUUUGGAUUUUAGACCACCGGGUUUCAGUUACAGCUUGCAGGUCUGUGAGAGAUACGGCAAUUAUAUUGUUAGAUUGGACGAAUGACACUUUUUCUUGCACGGACUUCUUAUUUCAAUCUUUUUGCCCUAAUUUUAGGAUGAGUCUAAUUUGAGACCUAGUCAGUUGCACGACAACACUGCUAGACAUGCAUGAGGAAGAAAGAGGUCUCCAGAAUGCAGUAAUAUCCGUAGUCACUUUUUGAAGGUGGUUUACAUUUUGCCUUGGGCAAAAUGCUAUUAAACAGAAAAGGAGAUUAAGAAAGUGUUUCUGCGAUCUCCCGGUGCUAGUUUUUUGGAGGACUAACAGAAUAGUACUCUGUUUACAUUUUACACCAAACUUGUUACUUGUCUAAACGGAUGGAAAAAAUUUAACUGGAAUUUUUCUUCUUGUUCUGGAGAGUUUUCCAGGUAUAUGCUGGCUAUAUGCUCCUUGUUUAUCUGAAGCCACACAUCUGCAGUUGUGAUUGCUACACAGCAGGAGAUUUCUGGAUUUUCUAUGGGAAUACGGUCAGUGAUCUGCGAAAACUAAUUCUAAACUAUUGUAAAUAUCAGGAUUGACGAGGUAAAUGAGAAGAUGUAUUCAGUACUAUUUAUGAUGAUGUUAGAGCUAAAGCAAGCCCUUCUUUUCAUUGCAAGCUUCUUCAAAACUUGGUAAAGAAUCCUAAAUAGCAGAUUUUGAAAUCCCUAUGGUGUAAUGGGGGGCAGAGUUCUUAUUUUAUUAAUCUUUCAUUGGCAUGUUGAAUAUUCCGAAAUAAGUACUCUAGAAAUGUUGUGUUGUGGUGUAAAGAGCCUCUGGAAGACCUCAUCAUUUGUUUAUAUUCUGCAGAGUCCAUAUUUGUCCUGUU